CUUGGCAAAGUGACAUUUGUUUCUUCACACCAAGAACUCUCUCUCUCUCUCUCUUGAAUUUCCUCUCUCUAGAAUUCCUUGAAAGCUUCUGCCGACUUUGGGGGGCUCAAACUUCUAGGGUUUAUGAUGACACUUGUGGGUGAGGCUCACAAUCCCUUUGCCCAACAUGGGUUGAUGUGGAAAUGUGCACUAGGGUUUUAAAGUUGGAGUCUUUUGUCUUCAAUUGGGUUUCCCGUGGUGUUCUUAUUGUGCAAAGCCGUUAAAGCCUCUUGCUUUGUUAUUAUUUUGUUGCUGGCCAUGUGAAUUUAUAGUGGUUUGAGCGAGUUUGGGGUUUUAGGAUUGGGGGUUGACAUGGCUCCCAGAAGAAAAUAUGAAAGUCAUUGUUUUAUACAAAGGUUGCCCAUGAUUAUAUUUAAUCAGGAUGGCAACUGAGAGCCCUAUGAGAAUGGUGGAAAGCAGUGGAGCUACUAAAUGGCCCUCUUCCAUGGAUGCUGCAACAUUUGUAUCACCAUUAAAGAAUAUGGCAGCGGAGGAGUUGGGAUUACUUCUGAAUGGUCAUAGGUUGCAUGGAGAUCAGAGCGAUAUGGUUCCGAAUCGAAGUGGUAGUGCACCACCUAGUAUGGAGGGUUCUUUUGCUGCUAUUGGGAAUCUAAUGACUCAACGGAACAAUCUGGAUUCAAGCUUGGCAAGUUUAAGCAGUGCUAUUGAGAAUUCUGAGUCUGAGGAACAACUGCGGUCUGAUCCAGCCUAUUUUGCAUACUACUGCUCUAACGUCAACCUGAAUCCAAGGCUUCCUCCACCGCUUAUUUCACGGGAGAAUCAACGCCUGGUACGCCAUAUUGGUGGUUUUGGCAAUAAUUGGAGAUUAACUUCUUUUGACGACAGUGGAAAUGGAUCUCUGCAUUUGUCUCGUGGUUCCCUAUCUACUCACAAGGAGGAGUCUGAGGAUGAUAGGUCACCCCGACAAACCUCAGAUGAUUGGCCAGAAAGCAGCAGUGCAGUUAUGCCUGGACAGAAGACAGCUUCUUCAGCAGGUCGUCAUAAAAGUUUGGUUGAUCUGAUACAGGAAGACUUUCCCCGCACCCCAUCUCCUGUAUAUAAUCAGUCUCGUUCCUCGAGCCAUGCAGCAACGGAGGAACUACUUGAUCUUGAUGUUCAUGCCAUUUCAUUAAAUGAUUCCUCUCUUGAAAUUUCAAAAUUACCGGAACCAGGUCCAGGCACUGUUGAUGUUUCUGCAAGCACAUGCACUCUAGAUGCACCUGCUAUUGGGUUAAUGCCCAAUAAGGAUGAUGCGGCUAACUCUUUUCCAAGCUCAUCAUAUUCUGAUAGAAAACACAGCUCAUUGCCUCUACCUAAAGAUGAAUCAAGUGAUAAAGGUGGGGCUGGUGCGUUAGUUAGUGGGGGCGCUGGAUUGGAGGUUUCUAGAGUGGAGUCUAAAACAAAAGCAUCUAAUGUAUCUAGUCUUCUAGUUGCUGAGAAUAAUGCAAAUAAACAAGAACAGAAACCAUCGUAUGAGAGGAAUAUGCCGCCACACCAUCCAUAUGCACAACAAAGCUCUCCAUACAAAGUUCAGGGAGUUCAGGCUCAAGUGAUCUCUCAAGGAAUGAGCCACCCUUAUAAUGGCAUGGAAAAACUUCCCCAUGCACCCCCUAAGUUCUCUUCAGUUGAGGUACAGCCUAUGAUGCAGUCUCCUGGACUCACCCCUCCUCUGUAUGCAACAGCAGCAGCAUAUAUUGCUUCAGGAAGUCCAUUUUACCCUAAUAUACAGCCAUCAGGCCUAUUUGCUCCGCAGUAUGGGAUGGGUGGAUAUGGUCUGAGUUCGGCACUUGUUCCUCAAUUUAUAGGUGGGUACCCUUCUCCUGCUGCCAUUCCUAUGCCUUUUGAUGCUACUUCUGGUCCAAGCUUUAAUGUUCGAACAACUGGUGCAUCAAUGGGGGAAAGCAUUCCACAUGAGUUACAAAAUCUGAACAAGUUCUAUGGGCAUCAUGGGUUAAUGCUGCAACCUUCUUUUCUGGAUCCUCUUCACAUGCAAUACUUUCAGCAUCCUUUUGAGGACGCAUAUGGUGCUGCAGGUCAGUAUGGUCGGUUGCCACCAAGAGGUGUUAUUGGGGGUCAAGAUUCCUCUGUUUCACAGAAAGAGUCCCAUGUCAGUGCCUACAUGGGUGAUCAGAAACUCCAGCCUCCAACAAAUGGAAGCCUGAGUGUUCCAAGUCCAAGAAAAGGGGGAAUAAUGGGCAGUAGUUAUUAUGGAAGUCCUCCCAACAUGGGUGUCAUGACACAAUUUCCGGCCUCACCUCUCUCUAGUCCGAUACUGCCUGGAUCUCCAGUAGGUGGGACAAAUCAUCCAGGACGUAGAAAUGAAAUGAGGUUUCCUCAAGGUCCAAUUAGAAAUGUAGGAGUAUAUUCUGGAUGGCAAGGACAAAGAGGAGCAGACAACUUUGAGGAUCCCAAAAAACACUCUUUUCUCGAAGAACUCAAAUCUAACAAUGCCCGGAAAUUUGAGCUCUCUGAUAUUGCAGGACGCACAGUUGAAUUCAGUGUUGAUCAACAUGGGAGUCGGUUUAUUCAGCAGAAGUUGGAGAAUUGUAGUGGUGAAGAGAAGGCAUCUGUUUUCAAAGAGGUUCUUCCACAUGCUUCAAGAUUAAUGACUGAUGUCUUUGGGAAUUAUGUUAUUCAAAAGUUUUUUGAACAUGGGACUCCUGAGCAGAGAAGGGAACUUGCAUAUCAACUUGCUGGCCAGAUGAUACCUUUAAGUCUGCAAAUGUAUGGUUGUCGUGUGAUCCAGAAGGCCCUUGAGGUUAUUGAGCUUGAUCAGAAGACACAACUUGUGCAUGAGCUUGAUGGACAUGUUAUCAGAUGUGUACGCGACCAAAAUGGGAAUCAUGUGAUUCAGAAGUGUAUUGAAUGCAUUCCUACAGAGAAAAUUGGAUUUAUUAUAUCUGCUUUUAAAGGCCAAGUUACCGUGCUUUCUAGUCAUCCCUAUGGUUGUCGUGUUAUUCAGAGAGUUUUGGAACAUUGUUCGGAGGUGUCACAAAGUCAAUUUAUAGUGGAUGAGAUCUUGGAAUCUGCUUAUGUUCUUGCAGAAGACCAGUAUGGCAAUUAUGUUACUCAGCAUGUUUUGGAGAGGGGAAAUCCCCAUGAAAGAAGCCAAAUUAUCAGCAAGUUGACUGGAAAAAUUGUACAAAUGAGUCAGCAUAAAUAUGCAUCCAAUGUUAUCGAGAAAUGUUUGGAGUAUGGUAGUACUUCUGAAUGUGAACUCUUGAUCGAGGAGAUUAUUGGACAAUCGGAGGACAAUGAUAAUUUACUGGUGAUGAUGAAGGACCAGUUUGCAAAUUACGUGGUUCAGAAAAUUCUUGAGACGAGCAAUGAUAAACAAAGAGAGAUAUUGCUCAACCGGAUAAGAGUUCAUCUUAAUGCUUUGAAGAAAUACACUUAUGGAAAACACAUAGUUGCUCGUUUUGAGCAAUUAUGUUGUGAAGGUACGUUCUGUUACGAUACCUUUGAUUGAGCAUUUACACGUUUAAGACCACGAUUUAUAUGAUAGAAAACUGCUUUUGAUACAUAAAGGCAUCAUUUGUGUAGGUUGUCAAGUAUGUCUCUUGCUUUUUGAACCCCAAAAGGCAAGGUGAAUACGGCCAAUAGAAUUUGUGUUUGAUCAUAGAAGGCACAUCUUCCAUGAGCUGAAAAACCGACAUUCCACCCCCACUCUACUUACACGACAAUCAGUAUAAUGAUCAUCACCUAGACCAUUAUAGUUUUCCUGAUGUGUUCUGUUAUAUGCAACCCACUAACACUGUUGGUACUGGCGUAGAAGCCGCUGCCUCCCCCUACUCGUGUCACCACCUCCUCCCCCAUUCAGUUACCAACUCUUCCUAUAUUGUUUUAAAUAUCACCCCCACUGUGUCAUGUGCCUUCGAUGUUUCAGUUUGGCUAGUUGGUUUGCAAGAUUGGCUUGCAAUGUGCUAAGCCUGAGUUCAGCCAUAAGGCUUGUGAACCGAGCCCAAGCCUCAUGUCAACUAGUGUAGCUAGUGUAAGCUUAGAGCCUGUUUGGAAGUCAUUCUUGUAAAAGUGUUUUUAAACUGUUGUGCUUCCAUAGGAAACAUUUUUAUAAAGAAUUAGUUGGUGUUUGGAUAUGAAUUAAAAACGUGCUUUUGAUAAAUAAAUAAAAAAAGAGUGAGUUUGGAAGUACCAUAUACUAACUUCCAGUUUGGGAGUGAUUUUGAGAGGGUUAAAAGAGUUCCCUAAUGUUUGGAAAUGCUUUCCUAAAGAAAUUAGGUGUUUGGUAAAGUUUUAAAAACCGGUUGUACAAAUCUAGAGAUAUCUCUUAAAGUGAUUCCUAGACAAUUUGGUCCUGUAACUGAUUUCAAAAGCAGUUUUUUGUUCUCUAGAACCAAAAGAAUAAAAAAAAAACACGUUUGAUAAUUAGAAAACAUUUUUUACUUGUCUUUACUUGUUUUUGAGUGCUAUUUUAAAAAAUAAUUAUAUAAAUAUGAAAAAUGAUUUAAAAUGAAGCACUACAUAUUAUUGAAUAUAAUGAAUUUAUAGUGUACAAUCUUUCCUUUUUAAUAUAGGUUACAUGUAUGGUAGUUAGGACUCCUGGCCUUGUAUAUAUAUAUUUUCUUAAUUGUAAGUAGACACAAUGAAUGAGAAUCAAGGUUUUCUUCUCUCUCUCUCUUAACAUGGUAUCAGAGCCAAGGGAGAAAACCUAAUUCUUUCCAGUUUCCCCGUGUCAUCAAUUCCGGGAAACCUUCCUGUGACCGUGUUUCAUUCCGGUCACCUUCCCCAAACCCCAAAGUUUUCCGGUCGGUCGAAUCGUCGUCAGAAAACAUUCACCGUCGGCGACUUUUCGGGCGAACUUUCCGGCGAUGUCUUUUUCCCACACCGCAAGGAGCGCUUGGAGGAGAUCUCCAAUUUUUCCCAAAGCACCGGAGCCAGAAAACCACCCAUGCGUCGGCCACGUGCGUUUUUCCGGUCGGCGAUUGCAUCUCACGCGCCAGCGCGUGAGGGCGCGUGAGCCACUUUCUGGCGACCCGCUUCCUCCUCCAACUUCGCCUGACGCCGAUUAGCCACCCUUCAUACCUGUUUUUACCAUCCGAGCCCUGCACGUGCCUCUUUUGGGGUUCUUUUGCCUCCGCCGGCCCUCCGAACAGUUUUUCCAGCAUCCUCCGGCUAUUUUUUCUCAACCCCAAUCCCUGCACGUGCCUUGGGAAGUGUUCUUCUACCUUUCCGGUGGUGCCACAGUUGUUUUUCUUUUCCAUUUGGUCUCUCACAUGGGCGAUUCUUCGUUUUUCCUUCUUCAGCCGCAUCUAAAGUCGUAUUAGGGCUCUCUUCGAUCCAAAUAUACUUCAUUCUCCAAAUAAGUGGAUAUGGCUACUAAAACUUCCAUUUUUUCCUCUGUCAUAUCUGGAUCUCCUAUGAUUACUUCGGAGAAAUUGGUUGGCAGUGAAAAUUAUCUUUCUUGGUUUGCCUCUGUUGAACUUUGGUUUAUGGGACAAGGAUAUGAGGAUCACUUGGUUACACAGGAGGCAGAUAUCCCUGAGGUUGAGCGCGUACAGUGGAGAAAGAUAGAUGCCCGGUUAUGUAGUGUGUUAUGGCAAUCCGUUGAUCCCAAGAUCCUUCUUCAUCUUCGGGCCUACAAAACUUGUUUUAAAUUUUGGACUCAAGCCAAAGGAUUAUACACGAAUGAUAUUCAGCGUCUUUAUAAGGUGGCUUCUGCUAUUGUCCAUAUCAGCCAAUAGGACUUGGAUCUAUCUACUUAUAUUGGCUAGAUUGCCUCUCUUAAGGAGGAGUUCUUGACUGUGAUGCCUCUUACUCCUGAUGUUGGGGCUCAACAAACACAGCUUGAUAAGUUCUUCAUGGUCCUUACUCUUAUUGGCCUCCGUCCGGAUCUUGAGUCUGUCCGCGAUCAAAUUCUUGGUAGUUCAUCAGUUCCGUCCUUGGAUGAUGUGUUUGCUCGCCUCCUUCGUAUCUCGUCCACUCAGACUUUGCCAUCUGAUAGCAUUUCAGAUUCUUCUGUGUUAGUUUCUAACACUACCUUUCGAGGAGGACGCAGUGGUAACCGAGGUAGAGGCCAACGUCCUCAUUGUACCUAUUGCAAUAAACUUGGCCACAUUCGCGAUCGUUGCUAUCAGUUACAUGGACGGCCUCCUCGCACUGCCCAUGUGGCCCAGUCCUCUGAUUCUCAGCUGCCUCAGCCUCCGAGCUCCUCCGCAUCUCAGGCAUCUCAGGCUUCUAUUGCCUCUGUUGCUCAGCCUGGUAAUGCUUCUGCCUGCCUUACCCACACAUCUUCUCUUGGACCCUGGAUUCUAGAUUCUGGAGCUUCUGAUCACCUAUCUAGUAAUAAGGAUCUUUUCUCCUCUAUUACUACUACCUCUAAUUUACCUACUAUUACCUUAGCUAAUGGUUCUCAAACUAUAGCUAAAGGUAUUGGUUUGGCCCUUCCUCUGCCUUCUCUACCUCUCACUUAUGUCCUUUAUACUCCUGAAUGUCCUUUUAAUCUUAUUUCCAUAAGCAAAAUCACUCGUACUCUUAAUUGCUCUAUUGCCUUUUUUGAUAAAUUUGUGACCUUGCAGGACCGGAGUACGGGGAAGACAAUUGACAUAGGACGUGAGUUUCAAGGCCUCUAUCACCUCACCUCGGAUUCAUCUCCUACAGUUUGCAUUUCCACUGAUGCUCCUCUCCUCAUUCACAGUCGUUUGGGCCACCCUAGUCUCUCCAAGUUCCAGAAGAGGGUCCCUCGUUUUUCCACUUUGUCGUCGCUUUCGUGUGAGUCAUGUCAGCUUGGGAAACAUACUCGUGUCUCGUUCCCAAAGCGUUUAAAUAAUCGGGCAAAGUCUUCUUUUGAGCUUAUCCACACUGAUGUUUGGGAUCCUUGUCAAACUGCGUCUACUUUAGGAUUUCAGUAUUUUGUCACUUUCAUUGAUGACUAUUCUCGAUGUACUUGGUUAUUUUUAAUAAAAAAUCGAGCUGAGUUAUUCUCUAUUUUCCAGAAAUUUUAUGCUGAAAUUUAGACCCAGUUCAAUAUUUCUAUUCGUGUGUUACUCAGUGAUAAUGUCAGGGAAUAUUUUUCAGCUCCAUUUACUUCAUUUAUGUCUCAUAAUGGGAUUCUUCAUCAGUCUUCUUGUGCUCAUACUCCUCAACAAAAUGGGGUAGCUGAACGCAAGAAUUGACAUCUUGUUGAGACAGCUCGUACUAUCCUCCUCUAUAGUAAUGUUCCUUUUCGUUUUUGGGGGGACGUUGUUCUUACCGCUUGUUAUUUAAUUAAUCGUAUGCCCUCCUCUGUUUUACAUGAUUAGAUUCCUCAUUUCCUUCUCUUCCCUGACCAACCACUUUAUUUCCUUCCUCCUCGUAUUUUUGGUUGUACUUGUUUUGUUCAUAUUCUCACUCCUAGAUAGGACAAGCUUUCCGCCAAAGCCAUGAAGUGCCUCUUCUUGGGAUAUUCCAGACUUCAGAAGGGUUAUCGCUGUUAUUCCCUUGAGACUCAUCGAUACUUUUUCUCCGCUGAUGUCACUUUCUUUGAGGACUUACCAUUCUUUUCCACCACUUCUGAGUCUCUUCCUGUUUCUGAAGUCUUGCCCCUUCCCAUUGUCUCCCCAUCUGAUGUUGUGCCUCCUCGACCACUUCAGGUAUAUCAUCGUCGCCCUCGUGUUGCUACUCCUUUCCCUUUUGCUGAGGCACCUGCUGACUCACUUCCUAUCCCUUUGCCUUCUCCUGCCCCGGCUCUGCCUUCUCCUGAUGAUUUACCUAUUCCUAUUCGGAAAGGUACUCGUUCUACUCGUAAUCCUCAUCCUAUUUACAAUUUUUUGAGUUAUCAUCGAUUAUCUUCACCCUAUUCUACUUUUGUUUCUGCUAUAUCCUCUGUUUCUCUUACAAAGAGCACCCAUGAAGCUUUUUCCCAUCCAGGCUGGCGACAGGCAAUGGUGGAUGAAAUGGAUGCUCUGCACUCUAAUGGCACUUGGGAUCUUGUUGUUUUACCCUUUGGUAAAUCUAUAGUUGGCUGUCGCUGGGUCUAUGCAGUUAAGGUUGGUCCUGAUGGUCAGGCUGAUCGCCUUAAGGCCCGCUUAGUUGCUAAAGGCUAUACUCAGGUUUAUGGUUUUGAUUAUGGUGACACAUUCUCCCUUGUUGCCAAGAUUGCUUCUGUCCGCUUGCUUCUCUCCAUGGUUGCUAUGUGUUCUUGGCCUCUUUAUCAGUUGGAUAUUAAAAAUGUCUUCCUUCAUGGAGCAACCUCCUGGUUUUGUUGCUCAGGGGGAGUCUGGUUUAGUGUGCAGGUUACGUCGUUCUCUAUAUGGCUUGAAACAAUCUCCUCGAGCAUGGUUUGACCGUUUUAGUUCUGUUGUUCAAGAGUUUGGCAUGCUUCGCAGUACAGCAGACCAUUCAGUUUUCUAUCAUCAUAACUCCUUGGGGCAGUGUAUUUAUCUGGUUGUUUAUGUGGACGACAUCGUCAUUACAGACAGUGAUCAGGAUGGUAUUCAGAAACUAAAGCAACAUCUUUUUACCCACUUUCAGACCAAAGAUUUGGGGAAACUCAAGUAUUUCUUGGGAAUUGAGAUAGCUCAAUCCAGUUCCGGUGUGAUCCUUUCCCAAAGGAAGUAUGCUUUAGACAUCCUGGAAGAAACUGGUAUGUUAGACUGUAAACCGAUAGACACACCUAUGGAUCCGAAUGUCAAACUUGUACCAGGACAGGGGGAGCCUUUAGGAGACCCUGGGAGAUAUCGAUGGCUCGUAGGAAAAUUGAACUAUCUCACCAUUACUCGUCCAGACAUUUCUUUUCCUGUGAGUGUUGUUAGUCAAUUCCUACAGUCACCAUGUGAUAGCCAUUGGGAUGCCGUAAUCCGUAUUCUUCGAUAUAUCAAAAGUACACUAGGCCAAGGUGUGUUGUACGAGAACAGAAGUCAUACUCAGGUUGUUGGUUACACAGAUGCAGAUUGGGCUGACUCACCCACAGAUAGACGUUCCACUUCAGGGUACUGUGUUUUUAUUGGAGGUAAUCUAAUAUCUUGGAAGAGUAAGAAACAAGAUGUAGUGGCCAGAUCUAGUGUUGAAGCUGAGUAUCGAGCUAUGACUUUGGCAACAUGUGAACUCAUAUGGUUAAGACAUCUUCUUCGAGAGUUGAGAUUUGGAAAGGAUGAACAGAUGAAACUCAUCUGUAAUAACUAGGCCGCAUUACAUAUUGCAUCCAAUCCAGUCUUUCAUGAAAUGACCAAACAUAUUGAAGUUGACUGUCACUUCAUUAGAGAGAAGAUCGCAUCAGGAUGUGUUGCUACAAGUUUUGUUAAUUCAAAUGAUCAACUAGUAGACAUCUUCACUAAAUCUCUCAGAGGUCCUAGGAUUAAAUACAUUUGUAACAAGCUUGGUGCAUAUGACGUAUAUGCUCCAGCUUGAGGGGGAGUGUUGAAUAUAAUGAAUUUAUAGUGUACAAUCUUUCCUUUUUAAUAUAGGUCACAUGUAUGGUAGUUAGGACUCCUAGCCUUGUAUAUAUAUAUUUUCUUAAUUGUAAGUAGACACAAUGAAUGAGAAUCAAGGUUUUCUUC